AAUUUUAGUUUAAAUUAUUAUUCUUUCACUUUUUCACAAUUUUGUGUGGAUGAUAAAUAACUACAAACACAUUUAAAAUAAUUUCCUUUACAAUAACUUGCUUUUAUUGGGUGAUUUGUGUGGCGCCAAGUGGGUCUAGUUUAUCGACGAUCAAUCGCCGUUCCACAAGUCAAACUAUUUACCCCUCUGAGGGGAGGUCCGGCGUCGCCACCCACCUUUGAAGACCACGUGAGGUCACCCAUUUCUGGAUUUUUUUCCAAAAUGUGGAGGAAUUCCAGCCGAGACGUAUUUGUCGACGACGAAGAGUGUGGUCAGAGCUUGUUGGAUGAAGAUUCAGAAGAUCUAUGCUCCCUAACUCCUGUACAGAGACUUUACGGUUUUGGAGGCUGCUUGAUCGGGGGCGUGGAUUUCAUGAUUUUGUCAUUGCUUGUUUUUGCUAAGCCACUCAAAUUUGCUGUCCUAUUUACAUUUGGCAAUGUUUUAGCCGUCGGAAGCACAGCUUUCCUCUUUGGACCUGGGCAACAAAUAAGACUGAUGUUUGAUUCUGUCCGUAUUUAUGCGACAGCUAUUUACCUGGGAUGUGUUGUUCUAUCUCUUAUAUGUGCUCUUGGGAUCCACAAUAAGAUCUUGACAGUGAUUGCAAUGAUAAGUGAGAUAUGUGCACUCAUAUGGUAUACUUUGAGCUAUAUUCCUUUUGCCCGGAGGAUGGUCUCUGAAAUGAUGAAACGAUUUUGUGACACAGAACUAUAGACAAUGAAAGUUGCGGUGAUGAUUGAUGAUUCGGUGUCUUCAAGAUAUGGGACUGCCUUUUGUCUUCAUUGUUUUUACAUUUUAGUGAGCACAAGAUCAGUUGGAGAUUUUUUUUUUUUUUUUUUUUUUUGGUUGGAGUUGAUUUGUCCACGAACACGUAUAAUCCAACGCCAGUUCAAUGCUUGUGCUAAAUUUCUAAAUAUAACAUCAUUCUUUUCUCCAAAUUAA